UAUAGAGGGCGCUGAACUCAUGCAUUACCAAUUGUAUAUAAGAGCAUCACCAUCGGCAUAAAGAUCAGUCAGCGUCCAGUGCCUGCCUCGUGUCAGUUCUUGUUCUGCGGCCUUCCGGCCGCGUUCGCCGGUCUACACCACAUUGGCGCAGUCGACAAAAGCACAACCUCGGCAGCAGUCAAGAUGACAGCCGUUCUUCGCAACUAGUACGCGAGGGGCGUUACCCAUUAACGCAAAGAUGAAUACGCUCGGGCUGCCAUCGUUAGCCCCGUUUUUGGAGGCGCCGGGAGACCCGGCAGUGCCAUGGCGGCAAUGGCGAGAGGACUUCGAGAUCUUUCUGCAGGCGACGGAAAUGGACGCGAAACCGCCAGCACAACGAAAGGCGAUACUUCUACAGUGUUUGGGGGUGGAAGGUCGAAGAGUGUUUCGCACGUUGGUUCCAGAGCCUGCGGCUGCACCUGCACCACCGAUAACUGCUGCUGCAACCGGAAGUGCGCCGGAGAAGACCACAUCAAAAGGGGGUGAGCCGGACGACUACACCGAUGCACUUCGGUUGUUGGAACGACAUUUCACGAACACUCUGAAUGUGCUUGUCGAACGACGGCGAUUCAUGUUGCGACGACAGCGUCAGGAGGAACCGAUACGCGCGUACGUCAGUGCCCUGCGACAGCUCGCGAGUACUUGCGACUUCGGGGACUUUCUUGAGGCAGCGCUGCGGGAUAAAGUCGUCGACGGAGUACGGAGCGUGGAGCUAAGACAGAAGCUGCUCAUGAAAGGUUCACAGCUCACGUUGGGCCAGGCCAUGGACAUCCUACAGACGUUCGAGCAGGCAGCGGAAGGUGCCCGUGUCUACGAGGAGGGGCGUGACGCUGCCAUGGUUCAGCAAGUCGAGAGGGCAAGAAAUCGUUCAGGAACAGGAGUCAGCGGUUCUUCAACAGUUCCGGACCGCAGGUGUUACAGAUGCGGUGCUUCAGGACACCUAGCCAGUGCACGGGAAUGCAGAGCGCGAGAUAAGCGGUGUUCGAGGUGUCACAAGGUGGGACAUUUUCAAGCGGUAUGUAGAAGUACCGGGCAAGCGCGGGUGCAAGCGGUUCAGGACACGGACGGAAACGAAGAGUUGGGUGUCCUAACAGUCACACGGAACGAGCGAACCACUCUGAUAGUCGACGUUUGCGUCGAGGGCGAAGUGAUUCAGCUUGUCGUGGACACAGGCUCGUCAGUGUCUAUCUUGCCAGCAAACAUCUAUCAAGAAAAAUUUGCAAGACGGUUCGCCUUGGCUCCAGCAACGGUGAUUCUGCGGGACUUUUCACAGCAAAGAAUUCCAGUCUUGGGAUGUUUUGUGGCUCAAGCGGCACGUGGAGGCGUGUCGUCAAACAUUCGCUUCUAUGUGGUGUCAAGGGGCAUGGCGUUGCUGGGACUGGAUGCGGUGCAACAACUACGACUGCAUAUCGACGGCGCAUCGCUGGCGUGCCUACAGACAACGGCGGGGCCACAACCUCUGCCUCCUGAACUUAAAGUGGUGGAGCCACUGCGGCGCUUUCUUCGCAAGGGCCAGGAGUUCAUCUGGGACCAGAACGCUGAGGAAAGCUUCGGCAAGGCUAAGAACCUACUAGCGUCGUGCAGCGCAGUAUCCAUGUUUGACCGGUCCUUACCUGUACAGGUAACAACUGAUGCAUCGGCAUAUGGGCUGGGAGCGGUACUGCAACAGGUGAUCGACGGUGAGACGCGUACGAUAGCAUUUGCAUCAAGGACGUUGACGCCACAGGAACGCAAAUACUCUACGGGAGAACGAGAAGCCCUGGCAUGUCUGUGGGCUUGCGAAGAUAUCUGA